GUAUUCACCUUCAGCCAGAAGAUAUCGGUUAAUUUUCAGCUGCUGCUGCGCUUUAUCCAAGGCCUCUCAUUCCUGCUUGCACUUGCUGGUUUAGCCGUUGCUGUUGUAUUAACAAAUCUGUCUGUCCCGGAUAUAUUUGCUUGCAUCUUAGCAUUUGUACCCACUGGAUGGGGAAUUCUUUCU